AGCACCGAUGCUGUGUUCAGUGGAGAGAUUCCGCAUUACGUCACCGCGAGAGGCGCAUUACGUCACAUCAAAGCAAAAGAGCAGCAGAGAGAGAGAGAGAGAGUGAGAGAGAGGUCUGAGAUCCGCGGCGCUCUCUACCGAGUCUAAUGCGAGUGAAAACACACUUUUAUAUUUACACGCUGAAAUCUUCGUCGAUAAAGUGCAUCGUUUUACCGCGGAUGGUCUUCACUGAACGCAGAGGAACAGAACUGAAACCCAUUUUGGCGAUGACAGGCGUUUUGAAUGAUUGAAGAGUCAGGCCGCAACAGAAGCACCAUGGCAGACAGACGACUACUGUUUGCUGAAAUGCGUGCAUUAGAUCUGGACUCCAUCAGAUUGUCCACGUAUAGGACAGCAUGCAAGCUGAGAUUCAUUCAGAAGAGGUGCAAUUUGCAUUUGGUGGAUAUCUGGAAUAUCAUCGAGGUGUUUCGGGAAAACAGACUCAACUCCAUGGACCUCAACACAGAGUUCUCAGUGUCAAAUUUGCAAGCAAUACUGUCCACCAUCUUUUACCAGCUGAACAAGCGCUUGCCCACAACCCACCAGAUCAAUGUAGACCAGUCUAUCUCGUUCCUCCUCAACUUCCUGCUAGCGGCCUACGACCCGGAAGGUGUGGGAAAGAUCUCUAUUUUUGUGGUGAAGAUGGCCCUGGCUGCCCUCUGUGGAGGGAAGAUUUUGGAUAAACUAAGAUAUGUAUUUUCACAGAUAUCAGACCCAAAUGGUAUAAUGAUAUACUCACAGUUUGACCAGUUCCUAAGGGACGUGCUGAAACUGCCCAUGACGGUGUUUGAGGGACCAUCUUUCGGGUACACUGAGCAGUCCACGAGAAGCUGCUUUCCACAAGAGAAAAAGGUCUCGCUCAAUGUGUUUCUUGACACAUUCAUGUCGGAUCCUCCUCCUCAGUGUCUGGUUUGGUUACCGCUGAUGCAUCGGCUGGCAAAUGUUGAAAACGUCUUUCACCCUGUUGAGUGCUCCUACUGCCACGGCCAGAGCAUGAUGGGAUUCCGCUACCGAUGCCAACAAUGUGAUAAUUACCAACUUUGCCAAGAGUGUUUCUGGAGGGGCCAUGCCUCGGGCAGCCAUAGCAACCAGCACCAGAUGAAGGAGUACAUGUCAUGGAAAUCUCCAGCUAAGAAGUUGUCGGACGCUCUUAGUAAAUCUCUGAGCUGUGCCUCCAGUCGAGAUCCUCCUCACCCGAUGUUCUCCGAUACACCCGAGAAACCGCUCAACCUCACUCAUGUUGUUGACACAUGGCCUCCCAGACCUGUGAACAGUGGGAAUGAAUACAUGCUCUCGCACACCAUGCCUUCCUCAGGAAACCCUUACUCCAGCAAAACUGCUCUUGAUGAGACAAAGCAAAUGAAGCUGUUUUCCCGGACGACCCCAGAUCUUUUAAAAGGCAAAGGGGUUCAGUACAGCCUCGAUAUUGCGGAUAGGCUCGCAGACGAGCACAUACUUAUCGGACUUUAUGUGAAUCUCCUCCGAAAGGACCGUUCAUGUUUCCAGGAGAGCAGUAAUAACCAAGAUGAUGAGCACUGCCUCAUUGCCCGUUACGCCUCCCGAUUGGCUGCUGAUGGAGCUGCAGCGCAGAAGAACAGAGUCCCAGCAGACAUCUCUCUGUGUCUGGACACCAAUAAACAGCAACGGCAACUUAUCGCCGAGCUAGAGAACAAGAACAAGGAAAUUUUGCAAGAGAUACAACGCCUGAGACAACAACAUGAAGAAGCUUCCCAGCCUCCAUUAGACAAAAACCAACAAAACCCAACAUUACUGGCUGAACUGAGACUGCUUAGGCAGAGGAAGGAGGAGUUGGAGCAGAGGAUGUCGGCUCUUCAGGAUAGCCGUCGAGAACUUAUGGUCCAACUGGAACACCUCAUGCUUCUGUUAAAGGAAGAAGAGCUAAAAAGAGCUAACCAAGGCCCUGGCCACUCCCCUCGCUCCUCCCCCAGCCACACGAUCAACACCCAAUCAGUAUCCGGCAAUACCACACCCAUCCCCAUGCCUGUCCAAUCAACAUCCGGCAAUACCACACCCAGUCAGACGCCUCAGGACUCGCUGAUGGGCCUGGGAGGAGAGGUGCAGCAGGCCUUCGCUCUGGGCUCCAGAAGGAAUUUAAGAAAUGAUCUCCUGGUAGCUGCAGACUCCAUAACCAACACGAUGUCUUCAUUGGUGAAAGAGCUGAACUCAGAGGCUGGGAGUGAAACAGACCUCACAUUCUCACCGUCAGACGUUCUCCACGCACGGAGCGCUUCGAGAUCAGGGGCAGCAGGGAAGCUGGAGCCUGGGGAAUACUACGGACAUGAUCUGGAAAAGCAGCUGAACAGAAGCCUGAAGAUGGAGGAACGCCUCAGACACACACAGGAACAGGUGACUUUACAAGAAUAGCUGCGUUUCAAUAAGCAACGGUGAGUAUUCGUCGGCAGCGCUGUGACAGAUGCAAUGCAGCAGCGUUUGAUGGUUCAAAC